CGGUGCUGCAGGACGCGGUGCGUGCCGAGCGCGGCCGUAACCAAGGACCGGCAGCCGUACAACCGGCGCACGGUACCGUGAGUGCAGCGGUGCGGCCGGGGCAGCUUUUGCACGACUCACAGCCAUGCCCCGAGAGAGGAGCAGGAGUCGGUCUAGGUCGCCGCGGCGGCGCGACGACCGCAGCAGAAGCAAGUCGCCAGAAGAAAACAACUACAAUGCGGACCAGGGCCAGCCCUGCGAGGCGCUGCUCAUGGGCAAGUGGCUGCCUGGAAAAGUACAGAGAAUAGGCAGGGACGGCGAGGUCGAUUUAAUAUUGGAUGAUGGCACGGAGCUCGAGAACGUGCCCGAAGAACGGCUGCGGAUGCCCAAACAACAAGCCAUGAAGCGCGCGUCGAGCUGGGACUGCCUCGAGAGUUUGGCGAGAGACAACCAUUUAAGGAGAGGCAAGGUCGGGAAAGAACCUAAACAGACGACAAGCAUGAAGAAAGAUGAAGUCCGAGGCAUCGAGGAGCUCCUCGGCCAGGAGCUCGUCAAAGGAUUGAAAGAUGCCUUCGGUGACGCGGACUCGAUGAAGGAGGGCGAGCUCGACGUGGAUGAUGUCCUCACGGCCUUUACGUCGUUGCGACGCGUCGCCUCGCGCAAAGACAUCCUAGCGUGGCUGCGCACUAGAUCUUCUAGAGUGCGUACUAGAAGAACUUUGUCAUUCGUGGAAUUCGUGAAAUGCUUCGCGGGUGCGCUCGCGGCGUCCCGUCGUGUAGAGACGCCUUCGAGCCAUCGACGCGACUCGUCUCCAGGAAUGAUGGAAGUGGGUGUAUUUUUUGAUUUUGAGGCCGUUCGGACCGAGUCGAGUGAACCGCGAUGCUCCGCGCAGGUAUCUUCCACAACCCCUCGCUGCAGUCCGUGGCGAACGACGUGCGGGAACGGGAUCCUGGGACGGAGCCGGCCCUGUUUGCGGACGAGAACUCGAUAGUGAGCGAGUGGGCCCGGACGCUUGGUCGCAAGAGACUGUUGGAGCUCGAGCAGGCGUUCAAGCGCCGAGCGGCGCCCCACGCGACGACUAGAGGUGCGAUUGAUGUCCUAGGCCAAGUCCGGUCAGGCGUACCCGCCAGAGAUGCUCGGUUAGUCUUCCGGGACUGUGGGUAUGACGUCGCACCGUCUCGAUUUGCGCAGUGUUUGAGAGAUAGCGGUGUCUUACCGGACGAUUUCUUGUCCUUCCCGGAAGUCGUGGGCGCCUACCACGCCCUGUUUAUUAAAGAUGGCAUCAUGCCUUCAGACGACGAUCAACUCGGCCAGACGAUGUCGCUGCUGAAACCACCGGGCAAAGCCAUCGAGGGCGCCGACGGCUGUUUAAGAAGCUUGUCGGAGGUGGCUUCGAUGAUUUAUGCGGAACAACGGUGGGAAGGCACGCCCCUGCAGCAUGCGGGGUUGGUGCGACGGCUGUGCGUGGGACGGCCUGCUUCCGUCCAAGAGGCCGUGCGGAAAGUUAGAGAUGAGUUCGAAGCAGCCGAUGUGGACGACGAAGGCCAGUUGGGCGCCGACGAGGCGUCGCGACUGCUCGACGCGGCCGGGAUCAAGGGCCUCAAAGAGUUACGCGAGGAAGUGUUGCGCAGUUUCAAGGGCGAGAAGAAGGACAGUGAUGAGGGCACGAAGGGCAAGAAGGACAAAAAGGCCAAAAAGUCCAAAAAGAAGGACCGCUCGCGCUCUCGUUCCCGGAGUCGGUCCCCGAAGGGCAAGCGCGACCGGAGCCCGGAGGGGCCCCCUCCCUUCUCGCUGGCCGAGUUCUUCGCGAACGCCGGCCACCUCAUCGAAGCCGCUGCGAGUGCGGACGCCACCGUCGCGUCGGCCAUGGCCCAAUUAAGGCUGUCUCAUUCACCGGCCGAGGUGCGCGGUGCGGCCACGUAUGCGGCCAAACUCGUGCAAGAAGCGCUGAACGGCAACGCCAAGUCUGCGGGACGAGUUUGUACGGAAGACCCGCUCUAUGCCUCGAAAUUAGGCAAGUUGCGGGGCGGCCUCGAACUCAUACAGGCGUGCGGGUUUACGCAACGGGUCGUAGAGGGCAAGCCCAAGCGCGAAUUUCUGGUAGCGAAGGACAAGACGAAGCUGAAAGGCGCCCUCAAGGACAUCGAGGAGGCCUUCGGGGAGGAGGUCGGCUGCCCGUCCGUGCAAGGUGUUGUCAGAGAAUUCCAAGAUUCUCGCAUGACCGAUGAGGAUAUACGACAGGCUUUAAGGUUGGCCAAACGACUCGUAGAAAAUGUCCUGAAGACGCCCGGUGAUCAAAGGGUUUUUAGAGUGAGAGGUACGAAUGCCGUCGUGCGACGGUGUCUGACGCGCCACGAAGGAGGGCCUCGCUUGCUAGAGGCUAUUGGUUUCAAGAGUGACGGCGACGACCCGAAGACGGCGACUUAUUCACUCGAAAGGAGAGGCCUGCAGCAAGACAAACCGGAGGCGUCGAAAGGCUCUAGAGCGUUCAGUAUGCACCAGCUCGACAAAGAAACAAAAAGUUUCUUGCACAAGGCUUUAGCUGAUGUGGACGCCGCCCUCAAGAACUACGCCGCCGUGGAAGACACCAAGGGCGCCACGGGCAAGAAGGGUGCGACGGCGAAGGAAAAAUUACUCGCCGAGCGCGCCGGCGUCGGCAAGCGCGGAAAGGAGUCAAAGGGCAAGGAACGAGCGGAAUCGAAGGGCAAGGCCAAGGCCGACGCCAAGGGGAACAAGAAGCGCGAACCGAGCGACCUCGAGAAAAGUUUGAAGGGCGACAAGGUGCGCGAGGCCCAAUUGCAGCUCUGCCGGAAGGCGUUCGAGAACCUCGACGUUGACGGAGACGACUACAUUACUACACGAGAUUUGAAAAUUGCCUUCGCGCGCGAUGGCAGGGAAGCCUUCAUGAUUCCGGCCUGGAUUGCGCAGCGGGAUCUCGACCAGGACGGCGCGGUGUCAUUUGACGAUUUCCUACAUAGCGUCGCGUCGUCGUUCGCCGUUCCAGCCAAGGCCAAAGCGAAGAAAGGAGAUACUGAUGAGGAUGAUGAUGCUAUUGCUUCGGCGCUAGGUGUUUUAAGGUUGAGCGCGAAGCCCAAGGACGUCCAAGACGUCGUAUCCUAUACGAUGCGGUGCUGCCAGAAGAUUUUGGAAGCGCCCCACGAGCCGAAAUACUGGCGCAUGUCGACCAAAGAAAGAUUUGCGAGGUUCGCGGGCGGUGUCGCUCUAUUGCAGGCGUGCGGGUUCUCGUUGGAGGAAAACGGCUCCGUAUUGGCAUUGCGGGACCCGGACGGUCGGCGGUGGGACUCCGUGCCUGAUCCUGUUCUGGAGAAGCUGAAGGCUGCUCGUCAAGAACUCGAGGGUCGAAGCAAGACCCUCGACCUGCCCAUACCAGACAUCGCCGCGGUAAGCAAAGCCGUCGAUUCUUUGUCAGGAGACCCCGGCGCGUGGUCGGGAGCUCUUGAGUUAGCCGUGACGUACGUCAAGAACGUGUUGCAGGACCCGAAGGACGACAGGAAGCGGCGCAUCCAAGCGACGAACGCGAAAUUCGAAUCUACUCUGAAGGUCGUCCCGGGCGGGCUCGACCUCAUGACCAGUCUAGGAUUCCGAGAGAACGAGCCGGGCGUCUGGACCAUGAGCUCUGGUUUCGACGUUCCGGCGUUGCAGGCUCGCUUGCUUGAAUUAGAGUCGUGCCAAGGGCCUCUGAAGGACCGGGCCUCCCGUAAGAAGGCUUCUGCGAAGGAGAAGAGUAAGCCCCUGUCCAAGACGACGCAAAGGCAGGUCAAGAAGUCCGCGACGACGCGCAAGGCCAAGACCCAACCCCUGAAGACGGCGAAGAAGGAGAACGCGGCUCCUGUCAUCAAGCCUCUGGACCCGAAGGUCGAGGCUCGGCUGCAAGAAAUGGAGACUUUGGCGUUAACGAAGAAGCGCGAACUCGCCGAGCGCGAGAAGGAGUUGCUCAAGACGAAGAAACUAGCUGAUGACCUGGCCAAGAAGCUCCACGAGGCCAAGGCACGAAAGCCUGUCGCGGCACCGAAGGCUGUUCCUGCCAAAGCUCCAGCGAAGAAGAAGGCGCCCGCCAGGAAGGCCCCCGCGAAGAAGGGGCGCACUACUACGACGCGCGGCGCUGCAAAAGAUGGGGGCGGCCCGACCGAAGUUUCUUCUACACUGUCGAAAGCUGCACAAAAAGGCGACACUAAGCUAGAAAUCGACAACGCCCACGAGUGGGAGAUCGGCGCCAAGGCUAUUAUUGGUUCUGGCGAACAUAAAGAGGAGAAGUUCGUGAUCGGACUUGGUAGUAUCAUUUUGUCCGCACCGCUCGAACGGAGCUACGGCGCGCACACUUUGGUGCAGAUGUACACGCCUGGUAAGGACGAACGGGAGCAGUUUAACAAGGCCCAAGCCAUACUUUGUGUCCACUCUCUACUGGCUGAUAUGAUACAAACAGCAUCAAAUGAGGGCGAGCGCGUCGUGCGGGGCCGUGCACAGCAACAGCGGCAGGACUCGCGAUUCAUUCCCCGAUCAGUCGUGGUAGCGAGGCCCGUCUUCUGUGCAGCGGACGCGUCGCUAGCGGGCUGUUCCCCGGCUCUCGGACGGCUGCUCGUGACCGAGGAUGGCCUCCUCAAGUCGUACGGCGAGGGCUUUUCGCUGUCGGAUCUGUGUCGGCUGUUCGAUCGUAUAGACCCACAAUGCUCGGGACGAGCGUCGGCCUCAGCUCUGGAGCAGGGCGCGCGCGACGACGCUGACGUCGCGGCGGCGUUCGCCGACCUUGACGGUGAGCAUGAGGUCUCCUUCGCGCGGGACGUGCUGCCGCGACUGUGGCGCGGCGACGCUACUGAGUUGCUAGAAAGAGAUCUACCACCGUCUAAGUCGUGCGACGAGGCGUCGGAGCGCAAGAAGUUGACUGAGCGAGCGCUGAGAGACUUGGAUCUCGUGUUCCGGGGCCACAUGGACGCCUCAGGUCGGUUACCCUUCGCUAAUUUACCUUCCGCUUUCACUGAUCUGGAAGGGCGAGGUCCCUCACAGACGGAACGAGACAUUAUCCAGAGGACCGUAGAAUCGCUAACGGCUGCUGGUAGAGACGCUUUGUCUGUAGAUGAUUUCGUCGAUGCAAGAGCAAGGCACUUAACUGAUCAGAACGUACCUUUGAUCAAUGGGUACUUUGUGGGUGGUGGUGUCAACGGCUGGCGGAGAGCUUGUCUACAGAUACUAAGGAAGCUCUAUGCGAAGGCGUGCAAAACAACCAAGAAGGCGGGUGCCCCCGGCGACUUGUUUGUAGCCGAGUGCAAGAAGGACGAUUUGGUGAGACGGUUCCUGGGGCUCGGUGAUCCUUCACUAAGGGACACGCUAUCUAGUAUAGGACAGAAAGAUACGUAUGUGAGAUGGCGCCACGUCGAAGCCUUAGUGUAUGGCGAGCUAGGUACAAGAGAACCUACUGAGGUCUACCGGAGGGGUCCUUGCGACUUGCUACGGCUGGACUCAUCAAAGACUGCACCGCACGACGAGACCGCCGCGGACUUAGCUUCAUCUAUUACAAACGUAAAAGCUGAGCUGCUGGAGGUUGUAUGCGAUCCGAUCCACUCCUUGGUGUUCGCGCUGACGUCCGACGGCGUCCUCGACGCGUGGGACACGACGACGUGUAAAAGAGUAGGGAAAGCGCCGUUUCUCUGUGUCAGCCCGGAGGCGCAUCCUUCGGAAGAAGCGAGGCCGCUACCUCGCUCCCUGGCGAAGCGGAUGCUGUCCAUCUACCCUCGGCAACAGAUCCUGUACCUAGAUACUGCUGGUAGGGCGUUGUACGUCAAUACCACAUGUGGAGAUAGAUGUAUAAGAGUCCAUGAACUCUCAGGAUUAUCUCGCAUCAAGCGCCUGAAGCUAUCCUUACCAAAGAUGCGGUCGUUUGGCAAGCGGGGCUUCUGGGACGCGCCCGACGCCUCGGGACUCAUGGACCCGCGGUGGUGCAGUGAUGGCUCGUUAGAUAAGUUCGUGGCCGCGCCCCACGAAGGCUGUAUCGUUGGUAGUGUGGUGGGCGACGACCGCGUCUACGCCUUCGACGCGACGACUGGUGACGUGAGACGCGUCUUCUGCGGCCACGCGCGCGAUGUGAAUUGCGCCGUCUCGGUACCGGACUUGCGGUUGUACGCGACGGGAAGUGCCGACGCUUCCAUCCGAAUCUGGCCCGCGGCUAAUAAGCCGCUCGAGUCGAGAGGUCUACUUGCUUUAAGAGCUGUGGUGUCGGCCGCGGUCGCUCAAGCCGGGCCGCGGCCGGGCUAUCGCGAUGGUACUGUCGGUAGUAUCUUGGAAGAUUUGGAUUUGGUGGAAGUGAUCUUCGAGGACGACGGCUCGGCGGAGUUACUGCCUCCGAAACGAUUGAGAGCGCCGCCGUCGGACUAUCGACCGGACUGCGAAGACGAUAGGCCCGGGAGACUCAAGAGAGGCUCGAACGUAACAGUGCGGCACGGGAAAAGACAAUUAGGCCUCGAACGGCUCUUUGAGGCCUGGGAUGCAAGAGGCUGCGGCGCGGUGCCGGCCUCGCACGUCGCCGUUGGUCUGCAGUCCCUGAAAGAGCUACUCAUUGGUAGUGUUGAUGAUGAUCUACUGACACAAUUAGAACCGGAAGAAGCGGCCUACGCGCUCGCGGCGUCGUCGGGCAACGACGGCUUCGUUCGCUUAGACACGUUGGAGGAUCUUGUACUGGAGGAACCUUCUACCUAUGUCGGCGCGAAGCGCAUUCUAGAAUGCGAGGCGUCGGUGACGGCUCUGACCUACGCGCCGUUGUCUGGAUUACUUGCAAGCGCCUCGGCCGACGGAGCCAUCAAGCUCUGGGACCCGCGAGGCGACUGUCGAGGCGUCGUGGCCUUUUCGCAGGCUCCUCAUGUUUGUGCCACGCCCGGCUAUUAUCGGGCACUAGAAGACGAGUGGUGCGCCGUCGAGUCCUGUGGUGCUCGCGAGGUGUCCCUGAAGAGCGCCAUCGCGCACAACCCCUGGGGGGAUAGUGAAGGCGACGAGUUGCUGUCCAACAAACGGGCCAAGGUCCAGUCGACGCUCCUCAAGACGGUGUCCCUCGCGCUAGGUGCCAAGGAGUCGCGCAUCGACGCCUCUUCGGAAGCUUGUCGAAGUGCAAGGGCCAUCGACGACCGAGGUGAUUUCGUGGCCUACCUCUUUAUGUUGGACGACGGCGACGUCAUCGUGUCGGUGGCGGAUUCCUUUGACUACCGGUGCGUCCUCCUACGUAAUAAAGAUGCUGCUUUAUUUGAAACGGGAGAUGCUGGACUCAAGAGAGCCUUCCAGGAACGUCAUAGAAUGCUCAGAAUAGCCUACUGCUCUUCCUCGAAGCAUACUUCUGUUAGUACUUUGUUAACGGCCAUCAAGAGCGUGGCAGACGCCGUCGACCGGCCGUUACUCGCUCGUUCAAGGGGCGGCGACGGCGACACGCUGCAGAAGCUCGGUCUCGACCUCGCACUGUUCGUAAGAGCGGGCCAGGACCCCCGCGAGGACGUCACGCACGUCAUCCGAGCCACGCGCUUCGACCCCGGUGCUGCGUUCUCCACUCAAAAUGACACGGCCUGCGAACUCCUCGCGGCGGACGUGAGGCUGAGCGACGGGAAGACGACGCGUCGAGCCGUGUGCUGCUGGGCCCUUGGGAGAGCGGCCAUCGGAUCUAGAAGAGAACGUGCUGGUGUCCGCCCAAAAGAAAGGCCGGCCGGGCAACUCGCGGCGCACGCGGCGUUGUGUGGGUGGCGCGUCAAGCUCCACGCGAUCCGCGGCGGGCUUUCAGAUCAGUGCCGGGGGCUGCUCGAGGCGUCGCAAGCCGCUCGUAGUCGCGAUGAUGCCGUCGCGAUCUGUGCGAGGGAUGUGGUCCUGAGGCCCCAGCGGCAGGCGAGGCGAGUUGAGUUAGCAAAAGCCUUCCGCGAAGCGUUGGGGAGGCCCUCCACCACGCGAGAAGCGAGAGCUGUCAGGAGGUUCCACGCCACUGAGGCGCAUAGGAAAGCAGUUGCCGCUACUGGCUUAGCUAAACCAUACGCUUCCAUCGUAUUACAGUUCCUACGAGAUCAGGAUCUUUUCGACGCGACGGCCUUUGGGCUGUCCGACGUUCCGCCGAAGACGGGCAUCACGUUAACAGACUUACUGGAGCGAGCCGAUCGAAGUGCGGCAUACGCCCUGACGCCGCCUGCUGGGCUGGCGUUGACCAGACCAGUAACGCAGCCUCCAUCCCUCCUCCAGACGACCCGAGAACUUCCGGAGUUCCUGCCGCCCGCCGUCGAGUUGGAUGCCCCAAAGAUGGAGGACGCCAUCUUAGCGUCGGAUCUCGGUUCGUUGCUGAAGGACGACUGUCGGCGCGUCGCGAGUGCGGCGCAGGAUCGGGACCUGGACGGGGGGUGGCUGGCCGCGUGGUCGCGGCACCAGGAAGCUUCCGCAUGGCGAGAUAGGUUAUCACUGGCGCGGAAGGAGGCCCUGUGUGCGGCGGAUCCGGCGUCUCGACGCGUGGACGCGGCCUUACUCCAGCUCGCCCGCGACCGGUGCGUCGAGGAGGUCGACGCGGAGAAGGCAGAAAAGCUGAAGCCUCCGGAGAACAGUAAGUUGCAACUGAAGAAGGAGGGUCGAAUCCGGGGCGAGGCGGGCUUCUGUACGUUUAGAGAAGCGCGGUGCUCAGACCGGAGCGACGUGUUACUUUGUAGGAUACGUCGUGGUACCUUUUCUACGUCACAUAUCGCAUCGUCGCCUUCACUAGCGAAGUGCUCGUCCCUAGUCACACAGUUAACUUUAGCGGAAGAGUUAGAUGCGCUCGUCUUCAGCGACCCGGGUUCUCGACUCAUACCACUACGCUCUCUACUAGAUGACCGGGGAGGCCUGGGCACGGACGGCGUUCUCGAUGGAGUAGGCGCGUUGUGGUUCGGGCAAAUACUAAAGGCCGUGGGCCACUGCCACGCGUUCGGGCUGCUCGUGAGGCAUCUCCGGUCCGACGUUAUUUUAGUAGAUGGCCACCGGGGCGAGGCCUGCAAGCUCUGUUUGGUCGAUCCAUUUAAGUUAGAAGAUGGUGUGUUCACCGAGGAUACUCAAAGCUUGGACGCUUCUGAUGCGCUGACGCCUCCCGAAUGCAUAGUGGUAAAUAUGCAAGGGCCCUCCUGCUCCGGGUGUUCGAGGCAUUCUUACCGAGUGACGGAAGACGCUCCCACUUUGACCUGGGACAGCUGGGGGCUAGGAGUACUGGCGUUCGAGCUGGCCGCGGGAGACCGGCCCGCGCCCUACGGCCCGCAGCUCUCAGCCUUCUUAUCUAGAAGAGGUUGUACCGAAGAAGACUUGAGAGAAGUAGCACGAGACUUCCACUACGCGCCCUUCCACGCGCCGUCGCCCAAACGUAACCACCGGGCGCCGCAGACGAGUGGUCUCGUCGACGAGGGCGUCAAGGCGGGCCACGCUUUGAAAGCUCUGGAUGGGGGCUCCUGGCCCGCGGCCUGGGUGCCUCAACGAAAACGUAGAGACGCGACGAAGAUAGACGAGGUCCGGGAAGCGUUAGAAUCACAUGCUCGGUUGUUAUCAGCUCAUAGGUCCAAAAGAGCUACGACCUCACUGGCUGAUGACAUUCUUGAAUCUAUAGAAGCGAGAAACGAUGAGGUGCUCACGGAGGAAGCUCUUCUGGCCGUGUUGGGCGAUGCGUUCGGUUUUCCGCUUGACAAGGACGGCGCGCGCGCGUUGUGUCGGGCCUGCGAGAACGACCCCCAAUUGCUCGGAGAGGAGAUCGAGGACGCCCUCCAUGCGACGCCGCCGUCGCCGCCGGGCGGCGUGCUUUUAUGCUGCGCCAUGGCUUGUCUCAGGCCGGAUCCCUCAGAACGGCCCUUAUGUCGCGACCUGCUAGCAGCUAGAUGGUUGGACGUGAGCGAAACGGCCUUCGAUGAAGCCAAACGCUUCGUACGAGGAGAAGCCAAACCGUGGGCCUGGCUCGAGCAUCGAGUGGUGGGGCCUUUGCUCGAUGCCGAGCUCGACGUCGGCCGGGGCGAGAUGAGGACAGAAACAGCGGAGAAGUUUAUCGAUGCUUGUAGAGCUGCGGAACGACUAGCCGCCGGCUUGCCCUGCGACGACCGGCGCUCGCGUCGGAUCAACGAGGCGGUCUGCGACGCGAUGGUCAACCGCCACGACGUGCCGCACCGCGUCGUGGACGUCGCUCUGAAUUUGAAGAGGCUGGAGAAGUUGACGGGGGACGCCCACGAGGACUGCGCCGCCGCCGCCGCGUCGUUAAUUACGAAGAUUCUGGUUCUUGCUGACGAUCCGGACGCCCCCGCCGCGGAUCACGCGGAAGUGGCCUGUCGCGCCGCGGCGAAGGCGUUGUACGGCGACGCGGCGUUUCCUGUGGUUGAGAGCGAUGAAUUAUCGGAGGCCUUUACGCGCGUGGCGCCUGGUUAUUUGGCGACGGUGGUGCAUGCUUGUCGAGCUUUGGCUCGACCCGGUGCUGGUACUACAAACAGAAAGGCGGCCGCCACGGCCUUCGCCAACGUGUUUCGACUGGAGGCGGAGCAGGACUCGGCCGCGAAGGAGUUGGCGGACGCCGACUGCGCUACUCUACUACUACCUUUAGCUUCUGACAUCAACAACGACGUGCGCACGGCGACGCUGCGGUGCUGCCUGAACGCCUGUGCAGCGGGCUUCGAUUCUUUAUCUAGACUGAGACGGGACCCCGACGCGUCCGCGGCCUCCGUGGCCAAGGACCCGCGCGUGCGGCUCGCGCGGGCCUUCUGCCAGGCGCCGUGGGUCGCGUGUUGUGCUCGCUCGGCCCGUUCUCAAGAUUCCUCGGAAGAGGAGGCCGACGUCGCCUUGGAGGCGCUGAGCGUCAUGGCCGCCGCCGGCGACGACGGGUUGCGGCACUGGGGCGCGGGCGGCGCCCUUUCGGCGUUGGUCCACGUCCUCAAAAACGGCGACGUCAAGGGCGUGGUACGGGGCCGCCAGGACACGGCGGAAGCCGGCGGCGGCACGCACCGCCUGCUCCAGCCCUUCCCGACGAAGGGGACGACGACGGGGCGGUCGGCGGGCGCGCGGCGCGCGCUCGGGCUGGUGCUGCGGGGCGACGCGCACUUCAAGAAGGUGCUGCUCAAGGCGCAUCCUGGGGUCUGUGGCGCGGGCGGGGGGGUGUACUAGGUACCGUG